CAUCGGAAGAGGAGGAAGAUAAUGCAAGAAUCUCUAGCUGAGUCUGAAUCUGAAGGGGAAGAGUUUCACACUAAGUUCAAGCUCCUCUUCAAUGGCUUUCACUAGCAUGGUUUCCACCGUUCCUGUUCUCUUCUUCUUCUUCACUCUUCUUUUGGUUUCUGCGAAUUCGUCGUCUUUAUCUCACGAUAUUAAGGUUCAGGAACAAGACAAAGAUCCAUUUGUUGGGUUCAACAUCGGCACAGAUGUCUCUAAUCUACUCUCGCCGACAGAAUUAGUCAAAUUUCUCCAAACUCAGAAAGUAAAUCAUGUCCGAUUAUACGAUGCUGAUCCAGAAUUACUCAAGGCAUUGUCUAAAACCAAGAUACGAGUCAUAAUCAGUGUACCAAACAAUCAGCUUCUCGCAAUUGGAUCUUCCAACAGUACCGCUGCGUCGUGGAUUGGUCGAAAUGUUGUUGCUUAUUACCCUGAAACAUUAAUCACAGCUAUUUCUGUUGGAGAUGAGGUUUUAACAACUGUGCCUUCUUCAGCUCCUUUGCUUUUACCUGCAAUUGAGUCUUUAUACAAUGCUCUUGUUGCUUCCAAUCUCCACACUCAAAUCAAAGUCUCUACGCCUCACGCAGCUUCGAUUAUGCUCGAUACGUUCCCGCCUUCUCAAGCUUACUUUAACCAGACUUGGCAUUCGAUUAUGGUUCCGUUGCUUCAGUUCUUGUCGAAAACGGGUUCUCCUUUGAUGAUGAAUCUGUAUCCUUACUAUGUUUAUAUGCAGAACAAAGGCGUGGUUCCGCUCGAUAACUGUUUGUUCGAGCCUUUGACACCGUCUAAAGAAAUGGUUGAUCCCAAUACUUUGUUGCAUUACACUAAUGUGCUUGAUGCUAUGGUUGAUGCUGCUUAUGUCUCGAUGAAAAAUUUGAAUGUGUCUGAUGUGGUUGUGCUUGUUACCGAGAGCGGGUGGCCUUCAAAAGGCGAUUCGAAAGAGCCAUAUGCUACUAUCGACAAUGCUGAUACGUAUAACUCGAAUUUGAUCAAGCAUGUAUUCGAUAGAACUGGUACUCCUUUGCACCCUGAGAUGACUUCAAGUGUCUACAUUUAUGAGCUGUUUAACGAGGAUUUGAGAGCUCCUCCGACGUACUGCAUUGCUAUGGAUGGUGUGGAUGCGAAGACGCUUCAGGCUGCAUUGGAUUGGGCUUGUGGACCAGGGAGAUCUAAUUGUAGUGAGAUUCAACCUGGGGAGAGUUGUUACCAGCCGAAUAAUGUGAAGGGACAUGCUUCGUUUGCUUUUAAUAGUUAUUACCAGAAGGAAGGAAGAGCUUCUGGUUCAUGUGACUUCAAAGGUGUGGCAAUGAUCACUACUACUGACCCAAGUCAUGGAAGCUGCAUUUUCCCGGGAAGCAAGAAGGUCGGAAAUAGGACACAGACAGUGGUGAAUUCGACUGAAGUUGCUGCUGGUGAAGCUAACUCAAUGAGUCUCUCAAGAGGCUUCUGUAAACUCAAUUGCAUGAUCUGCUUGGCUCCCGUAUCUCUCCCUUCUUCGUCUCCUUCUCCUUCUCUCUCAAUUUCCACGAACGAUGAAGCUAAAUGGGCGUGCAAGGCCUGUACUUUUUUGAACACGUACAAGAACUCAAUCUGUGACGUCUGUGGAACGCGAUUGCCAACGUCUUCUCUCUUGGGCUUUGACGAUUUGACUGAUUCGGGUCUCGAGAGUAAUAACCCUGCUUCUUCCGUCGGGUCGGUUUUCUUUCCUCUGCGGCGGUGUAGCAAGCGUAAGGCUAUGGAUGAUGACGUCGUCGAGGUCGAUGGUGCUUCUGUUGUUUGCUCUGAAUCGCAAGGUGUCAUGAAGAAGAACAAAGAGAUUGAAACGAAAGGGGUAGCUUCUGAUUCAGGAACACCUUUAACUUGCUUAAAGAUCUUGAGCUACAAUGUAUGGUUUCGUGAAGACCUUGAGUUGAAUCUAAGGAUGAGAGCGAUUGGUCACCUUAUUCAGCUUCAUUCUCCUCAUCUCAUAUGUUUUCAGGAAGUCACUCCUGAGAUAUAUGAUAUUUUCCGCAAGUCAAAUUGGUGGAAAGCGUAUUCUUGUUCUGUCUCAGUUGAUGUGGCAGUUUCGAGAGGCUACUACUGCAUGCUGUUGAGCAAGUUGGGGGUGAAAUCUUUCAGCAGCAAGAGCUUUGGGAACUCGAUAAUGGGAAGAGAACUAUCUAUCGCAGAAGUUGAAGUUCCAGGGAGAAAGCCACUUGUUUUUGCAACUAGCCAUCUCGAGAGUCCCUGUCCAGGUCCUCCAAAAUGGGACCAAAUGUUCAGUCGAGAACGCGUUGAACAAGCCAAAGAAGCAAUCGAGAUUCUCAGACCUAAUACCAAUGUGAUAUUUGGGGGAGACAUGAACUGGGAUGACAAGCUAGAUGGGAAAUUUCCUUUGGCAGACAAAUGGGUCGAUGUUUGGGAGGUUUUGAAACCAGGCGAUUUGGGGUUUACAUACGACACAAAAGCAAACCCAAUGUUGUCCGGCAACCGAGCAUUGCAGAAACGGUUAGACCGGAUUUUGUGUCGUCUGGAUGAUUACAAGCUUGGCGGAAUCGAGAUGGUUGGGAAAGAGGCGAUUCCUGGUUUAUCAUAUGAGAAAGAGAAGAAAGUGAGGGGUGAGAUAAAGAAGUUAGAGCUUCCGGUGUUGCCUAGUGAUCAUUUCGGUCUGCUUUUAACCCUUUUGCCGAAAUGAGGUCAAAACUAUUCAGAGCUCGAAGUUCCGUCUUCCUUAGUGGAACUUUUGUGACUAGGUUAAAACUGUAUGAAUCACCAAAGAUGAUGCGUAGGGUUUCUCUGUUUCGAACUGAUGAUAAACAGUUCUUGGUUUUAGGUUUUUUGUUUUUUGGUUUGGAAAGUCCUUAUUUCCUGAUUCGAACUGAAAGAUCAGUCUUAUUGGUCAACAAUGCCCCACCUUUUGUAAUGAAGAUUAUGAAACUAA